AUGUCAUGUUUUAAUUUGUUAAAGAUAUAUGUACCUACUGUGUUAAGCUUAGGGCAUUUCAUUAGUAGCAUACAGUGUAUACACUUUUUAAGUUACGUGCUUUUAAGUGGGGGUUUAUCUAUAUCAGAUUCUAAUAAUACCGAUGAGGAUGAUAAAGAUGAUGAAAAUGACGAUAAUAAUGAUAGUGCUAAUGAUAAUGGUAAUGACAAUAAUGAUGAAAAAGAAAGUAAUAAAAGAAAAAUUGAUUACCUUAUUGAUGAUAGUGGGAAAAUGAAUUUACGUAGUAAAAAAAUGAAUAAUUUAAAGCCGUUAUUUAUAAAUAGUGAAUCCGAAAUACAGUAUUUCUUUAGGAGUGAUGGUAAUUAUGAUGAACUAUAUGACAAGUAUCCCUUAUGUGAAGCAAAAUAUAAGCUUGUAGAUAAAAUAAAAGGACUUCAUAUAUUUCAGUUUGCAUUGAAUAAAUCAAAAAAAAUAGUGCUUCUUAAAACAUGUAUUAUGGAAAUGUAUGAUGUGUUUUUUGUUACCAUUAGGAAUACUAAUGAUGUUGUAUCAAUAAUAUCAACUGUUUAUGGUUAUGUGCCAUAUAUAUUUAUGGCAAUAGGUUUUCUAGGGUUAUUAUUUACGUUUAAUAAAUUUUUAAUAUAUAUUACUUUUUUAAUUACAACGGAUUUUGUUUUAAAUGAUUUAAUUUUAAAAAAAUUAAUUAAAAUGAAUAGACCUAUUAAUAGUGCAGUGCCUUCAUAUGGUAUGCCCUCUACACACAGUUUAAUGUCUAUUAGUAUUUUAACAUUUUUAUUACUUCAUUUAUGUGAAGGAAAAAAAGACAAAUGGAGUAUAAUGACUUAUAUCUUGGCUAUAAUUGCUCUGCUGCCAAUUCCUUGGAGUCGUGUUAAUAAUGAGGACCAUACAUUCUAUCAGGCUUUAAUUGGAAGCUUAUUAGGUGUGCUAAGUGGUUUCGUCUUUUAUUUUGUAAAGAGGAAUUUUUCGAAGUGUAAAGACGCAUGA